UAUCUUCAUCACGUUUAAAAGUUGAACCAUCAGUUAUACACCAGUGAUGGUUUAAUCAUAUGGUAAAAUCAAGUAAAGCGUAAGAUAAACUGUCGUGUGGAUUUAUAUCGUGCGAUAAAAGGAUUUACAUUGAAAGAAUUGAUUUUUUUUUUAUUUUCAAGGUUAUUUCGUUGUAAAAUGAUUCGUUGGAUCAAAAAAUUACAAAAAUAUGUUCAAUUUAAUCAACAUGCAACAUUUCUUUCUAGACUUUGGUAAUUCUCUGCAAUUUUUGGCUAAUAAACAUUGGAAUAUCAAAAAUUAAAAUUCUUUUAAGUAGACAAUUCAUUUUCACAGUCUACUUCUGUGAUUUGACGCUUAUUUUGACAGCAACUAACGUUAAGCAAGUUUCAGGUCUCUAACCAUUACAGAAAAUUACUGAUUUUGAUGGCAAAUCUGACCACACAACUUUACAAAAGGUGAUCGAUGUUCCAAAUUUGACAUCGAUUUCUCGCAAUCUGUCGAUUUAAAAAAAUUUUAGCGAGAGCAUCAAAUCAGAUGUUGAUCAAGUUUGGUAAUGUGAUAAAUUGGUUUUGCUAAACUCUCUAUGGGAGUAUUUCGAGUGAAAAGAAGACAGUUUCAGCAUAAUUUGAUUGAAUAGUGAAUUUAAAUGGUGCAAUGGCUCAAUACAUCAAUUUUAGUUCAUCUUCAACUAAACAGCGUUCAAUCGCUAUUGGUGGUAUUGCAUUAGUAUCCACUCUAAUAACAAUUGGAGUUGUAGUUACAGUUAACAUUAAACAUAAAUCUUCAUCAACUAACAACCUCGAACUUGGCGAGGCUAAAAUUAAAUUCAUUGAGCCUCAAUGGAUACCAUACGUUUAUAGAAAUACUUCUCUUGUGAAUGCCUUCGUUGCUGGUACUAAUAGCCAGUCCAAAUCCAUUUACGUCUGUCGAGUGGACUUAGUUCGUAACCCAUCGGACUUAUUACCUGGAAUGUUUGAUCCUGGCAAGGGAUGUGUAGUUACUUAUGGAGGAACUUCUCGCCGUUAUCUUCUCGCUUUUGAAAUACUCGUAGCAAAAGAUCCUUCAGUACUUGUAUGGGAAUCCGAUGCUUAUGGACAUGCACCUAUUGGUGCUUUAAGUGGAGGUCUUUCCGGGAUAAAAGAAGAACUUCAAAUAUCGAGAGUCAAAAUUGGUUCGGGUCAAUAUAUUGGUAAAGUUCAUGGGCGACAUUCAAUGGCUUAUGUUUCAUAUGACGGCAAAGAAAAGGCCGUUUCAAGUUAUCAAGUUCUGUGUCUACAAGAUUACAACUUAUGAAACAUCCAACAUAAACCAAACAUUAUUAAAUUAAAUAGUUCGCUUCCCUCCAUUCGCUUUAGAUUGUUUUCUCCAACGUAACAUUUUAGGGCCAUUUAAUAACAUUUAUUAAUAAUAAUCAUUUGGCGGACAAUAAUUCCCAUUGAAUUAACUAAAAUUUAGUUAAACUAAUAAUUAAAUAAAAAGUCUUCGUCCAAUUUACCAAGAACUAGUUCCAGUCAUUUCAAGUUACCAUUUUGGAGU